CUUUUGCGGAAUAUAUAAGACAGCAGAACACAUAUGUCUCUAGACCACUCGCCAUUAUGUUCCUGAAAGGUACGGUGACCAUCGUCUUCGCUGGAUGUUGGCUUCUUUGCAUGCUCUGUCUGACAACAGAUGCUUAUGGGCCACUGAACCAUGCAUGCUGCAUUAAGUACACUCGCACACCGGUGGAUUUCAAAAUGAUCAAAGGUUUUGCAGAGCAGAGUUCCCGCGAGGUGUGCCGCAUCGAUGCCAUCAUAUUCCUUACAAAGCGCAACAAGAAAGUGUGUGCAAGCGCUGAGGAUGAGUGGGUGAAGAAAGUUUUGGAACGUCUGAGCACUAAAAUGAAAAAAAUGUCAAAGCACCUUCCUAACCAGGUCAACCAUACCCCGGCUUGGAAUACCAACACGAGCGCGUGAACUUCUCUUCAAGCGUCUAUGUCUUCUUUCUAAAAGCCUAUUUGAUAAGACUUUUAUAUGCUGUUUAGAUAUUAUGCAGAUAAUUGAUAAACUGAUGCGAUAAUCUCAAAGGAUAACCUUUUCAAAUGUUUUUACAUUUUUCACGGUAUAGACUUGUAUUGUCAAUAUGAUGCUGUCAAAUUACAAAAUAAAAUGAAUAUCUGAGGAAAUAGUUUGCUAUAAUAAAAAAAACAUCUAUCUAUCUAUCUAUCUAUCUAUCUAUCUAUCUAUCUAUCUAUCUAUCUAUCUAUCUAUAAUAUUGCCUUUUAAUUUACUGAAUUGUAUCUUUAACCAUUCACAAUAAACACUGAUUAAAUCAGA